GCUAUGGACUGCUCUAUUCGUGAGGAACGUCGGAUAAGCGCCAGUCUUGAUACGAAGCUGUACGUGCUUUACGUGGUUAUCGAGUGUCGAGCGAACUUAUUUGUCGGAGUAAUUUCUUCUUCCCAAACAACGGCAAAAUCGCACGUUUCGUGAUUUAUCGAAAUACCGUAUCGCGAUACAGAGCACAGUGUACCGAUCGUUGACCAUACCAAACGGCAAUCACGAAGUUGCUUGAGGGUUCUGCCACCGGUUACGACGAGGGGUGGACCAUGAAGACAUCCACACUGUCGUGUAGUGAUUUGAUCAAACAAGAGCAUGUGCAUUUGUCCGCAGAUACGAGAUGCCUGCAAGGACCUCGUCCUGUCCGACGAGCAGCUCAGGCUAGUCAUGCAAAAGCUCACCGACGAGAUCAACAGAGGCCUGUCCAGUGAGACUCACGACGAUGCGAUCGUCAAGUGUUUCACUACGUACGUGCAGGACUUACCGAACGGCACCGAGAAGGGUAACUUUUUGGCGCUAGAUCUGGGCGGCACGAAUUUCCGGGUGUUGCUGAUCACGUUGGAUGGCCAAAGCUUCGAUAUGAAAAGCAAGAUUUAUGCGAUACCCCAAAGCCUGAUGCUGGGCACGGGGACCCAGCUAUUCGAUCACAUCGCGCAAUGUUUGGCACUGUUUGUAAACGACCUAAAACUGCAAAACGAGGUGUUGCCCUUGGGCUUCACAUUCAGCUUUCCGCUCAAUCAGCACGGACUGACGAACGGCAAUCUAGUGAGGUGGACCAAGGGAUUCAACUGUAGUGGCGUGAUCGGUGAGAACGUGGUCGCGCUUCUCGAAGAAGCGAUCGACAGAAGGAAUGACGUCAAGAUUGACGUGUGCGCGAUCCUGAACGACACCACCGGCACUCUAAUGUCGUGCGCUUGGAAGAAUCGUAACUGCCGGAUCGGCUUGAUCGUUGGUACCGGGAGUAACGCCUGCUACGUCGAGAAAACGAAGAAUGUGCAAUGCGCGACCCCGGGUAAUUACGCCGCGCACAAGCCCGACAUGGUAAUCAACACGGAAUGGGGUGCUUUCGGCGAGGGCGGUGUGCUGGAUUUCGUUACGACCGAGUUCGACCGUGCCAUCGACGAAAAUUCCAUCAACUCGACGAGGCAGCUGUUUGAAAAAAUGAUUUCGGGCAUGUACAUGGGCGAACUGACGAGAUUGGUCCUCGAGAAGCUCGUCGACGCCGGUCUUCUGUUCGGCGGCAAGUGUCCCAGUGACCUCAGAAAGCGUGGCAAGUUCUUCACGAAAUACGUCUCCGAGAUAGAAAACGACCCUAAGGGCAAGUAUACGAAUUGUCGCGAUGUGCUGGCCGAAUUAGGACUGCGGAACGUGAGUGAUCAAGACUGUGAGAAUGUGAGGUAUGUGUGCUCGGUAGUGUCGAGGCGGGCGGCGUACUUGGUGAGCGCGGGAAUCGCGGCACUUCUGAAUAAGAUGGGCGAGAAUGACGUCACGGUAGGCAUCGACGGCUCGGUGUAUCGCUACCAUCCGCACUUUCACGAUCUUAUGGUAGCCAAGAUCGGUGAACUCCAGAAUUACAAGUUUGACCUGAUGCUCUCGGAAGAUGGCAGCGGCCGUGGUGCAGCACUCGUCGCCGCAGUGGCGUCGCAGAAUCGGUGAAGGCGCUUCCGAUCGGUAGCGAGAUAGCCUCAAUUCAAUGACAUGUAACAGAAAAACAAACAAACAAAAUGGACAAUGGCAAAUGCGGCUGCAGCACCAGUGAGCUCUAUCUCAACUGGAAUAUGCGUUACCAUCUCGGAUCGCAUUACGCGGGGUCAAUUGCGGUAUUUUCAUCUUUUUCUAUUUGUACUGUAAGCUCUGUCUCUCUCUCUCUCUCUGUCUCUCUCUCUCUCUUUCCCCCCCCUCCCU